AUGUCCUCUCAAGACCCUUGCGCGAAUCCUCUACUUCUCGGCUGGGUGAAAGAAUGGGUCGACGUAGCCCGCGAGCGCAACUCGAAAGGCGUGACAACGUACAACAACGCCUACAAAGCUCUCAAAGCCUGCCCUAUCAAAUUCCAGCACCCUUCUCAACUGCAGCAGUUGAAGGGCUUCGGCCCCAAAAUAUGCGAUCGUCUGACCGAGAAGCUGAAGCAGCAUUGCGAGGAGAAUAGCUUGCCCAUGCCUAAGAGGCCCAAGCAAUCUCGGAAUGACGCAUUGGCCGGUCUGAACGACGAGGACGACGAUCUUCAGGCAAGACCAGCAAAGAAGCCGAGGAAAGCGAAACCAUAUGUGCCUACACUGCGGUCGGGUGCCUACGCUCUGGUGCUUGCUCUGGCUACGCUCGAUGAGGAUGCCGCGGUCGGUAUGACAAAGGCCCAGCUAAUCGAAGCCGCACAACCGCAUUGCGACUCGUCGUUCAUGGCCCCGAGUGACCCGACCAAAUUCUACACCGCCUGGAACUCCAUGAAGACUCUGCUCGAUAAAGAUUUCGUCUACGAAAAGGGCCGGCCCCUGAGAAGAUACGCUCUAUCAGAUGAGGGGUGGGAAGUGGCGAAACGUAUCCAGCAGACCACCGAUGCUGGGCCGUCGAGACCGGCUCCGCCACAAAGACCGGAACUUAUACCCCAAGCAGUUGAGGAGGUACUGGCUCGUCCGGCCGUGCGAUCGCCCUCAGUGGAGGUGGAGAGUCAACCCCAACAACAGUCGAGCUACGCGAAUGUGGUUGCAGAUGGAGAUGGCACAUCGGCUAGCGCAGCGUUGCCUAAUUUUGGACCGAUCCGAUUGGCGCCAGGGUCAUUCACCGUUCACUUGGUGUUGGAUGUCCGUGAGAUCCGAGCGAAGACCGACAGAGAUUAUAUGCAACAAGAGCUCAGCAAGAAAGGGGUCGAGCCAAUCAUGCGAUCACUUGAACUAGGAGACGCGCUGUGGGUCGCAAAAUGUCACGAUCCCAACUUUCUCCCCCGCCUUGGCUCUGAAGGAGACGAGAUCGUGCUGGACUGGAUCGUCGAGAGAAAAAGACUAGACGACUUGAUUUUCAGUAUCAAGGACGGCCGUUUCCACGAGCAGAAAUUUCGACUGAAGCGGUCGGGCGUUAAGAACGUCGUGUACAUUGUCGAGGAAAUGUGCAUGGAUGCGACGCACUUUCAGAAAUGGGAAGAAGCUGUCGACUCCGCCAUGGCGUCAACCCAAGUAGUCAAUGGCUACUUCCUGAAGAAGACGCAAAAGAUGGACGACACGAUUCGAUAUCUCACACGGAUGACUAUGCUUCUGAAGAAACAGUACGAAAGCAAGUCGCUGUUCGUCAUCCCAACACAGGUGCUCACUGCUCAAAACUACCUCCCGCUGCUUGAUCAUCUCCGCGAAAAGGACCCCGUCGCUGGCCACUAUAUCAGCUACCCUGCCUUUGCAUCGAUGGCUUCGAAAUCAGACUCGAUUACGCUGCGCGACCUGUACCUGAAGAUGCUCAUGUGCACUAAACAGGUCACUGGGGAGAAGGCACUGGAGAUGCAGAAGAGAUGGAAGACGCCGCACGACUUCGUGAAGGCUUAUGAGAACUGCGGCGCCGGGGAAGACGGCAAGAAGAAGAAACGAGAGCUGGUCUUUGGGCAGAUGGGCAACCUGGUUGGAAGGAGAAAGAUCGCGAAGACCCUCAGUCACAAGAUUGCAGAGGUCUGGGGCGAUGUCUAG